AUGAAUGACAACGGUAUUACACGUUUUGAAGAUCUUCCCAAUGAGAUAUUUCGAAAUAUUUUCGACUAUCUAACAAUCCGAGAACUUUACCGAACAUUUGUUGGAUUGAACAUACGGGUCGAUACCGUUCUACGAUCUAUCGAUCAUGUUUCUCUCACGUUAUGGUCAUCUGAAAGUGCUAAUGAUCCAGCGAUAAUGUUUUUUGCAUCACAAUUGAAUCGAUUGAUGGUCGUUAAUGAUGGUAUAGAGACAAUAGAUCUCACUCACUUUUCAAAUGUUCGUUCUUUAAAACUUAAAUAUCCAUCCAACAAACAAAUAUCUCAACUUCUACAAUCCGAACAACUAUCUUAUCUUGAAUUUCUUUCACUUGGUUUUGUAAGAGAUUUGUCAGAAUCAUCGAUAACAGACAAACUACAUCGACAUCUUUUUUCUAAUGGAUUUCCUUUUCUUUACACAUGUACUCUUGUUAAUACACCCAAUCCAACUCCAAAUUGGUCUAUAUCACCUAAUCUUCGCUCUUUAACUCUUCUUGGACCUGUUACUUUGUCUAUCUAUAAUGCUCUUCUUGAUUCAUGUCCUAAUCUUAUUCGUCUCAUAUUGCAUGCUUUCAUCGAUAAAUCAAUCGUUCCACCAGCGUUUUCUUCACAUCAUUUUUUACGUAAUCUUUCAAUUCAAAUCACGAAACGGUCAACAAACAAAAUGAUCGAUUCACUUCUCAUGCAAGUACCUAAACUUCAACGACUUCAUUUGAAAAUGCUUCCACCAGUAUCCAGUAUUGAUUUUUCUCAACUAGCUUCUAUUCUUUUCGAACGUACACCUCGACUAUGUCGAUUCGAUUGUGAUAUGAUGAUCUAUAAAUACACUAUUGAUACUGACGUUGUUCAUCAUCUUCAUCCAUGUUUCAUGCGCAUCCAAUGUAAUUCGGAAUAUGGUCGUUUUCAUAUCUUCACCGACAACAAUGAUAAGUUAUAG